CAGCUUUGCUAGAAAGUUGCACACACCAUUCAGCAUCCAGACUUGAGUUAUAUACUCAGCACCCCGGAGCGUACACUAGGGAGUCGAACUGUUGACACCCGCUUCCAAAUUAGCAGCAGUACAUCCAAUCUGUAUUCACAACAGAAAACCCGAGAACGCAACAUGUCGCUCGACCUCGACUGGGAGCUCUUCGACCGUGCCUUGUGCGACCAGUUCUUGGACAAGCUGAACGCCGUCCUGCAGAAUGCCAAUCGACCAGACUUCCUUGGUCCUAUUUCUGUCGAGGAAUUUGAUGCUGGGGAACAGGCGCCAGAAUUGGAAAUCAUCGGCAUUCAGGACAUUUGGUCGGAUUUUUUAUCGAAUGACGACGAGGAGCUGACCAGUCAUUCUGGUGCUGCAGCGGCCAAGGACAUGCGAGCACCUGGCCUUGGCCGUGCAUCUGCCGAUCCUCAAAGAAGGUUGAAGGAUGCCAUGUCAAAGAAGGACAGUAAACUCCGGGCUGGCAUCUCCCCUCUAGAGCUUCACACAUUUCGACACUACACUCCGUCCACAGCACAAGAAGUCGAUGCAAAUUCCCAAGCGUCUGCUGGUAGCACACCAGGUUGGAAUGGGUCAUCAUCGUGGGCCAAUCGCAGCAUGACUCCAUCCAUCGCUUCAGCAGGGCUAGGGAGUGCCAGCUUCUUUUCUUCUUGGCAGAACCACCAGCCCUCCGCCUCGAACUCAAAACGACCGUCGGUCGCAUCUCGAGUUCCGUCUUUCAGUCGCCAACCCCACUCUUCUGCUUUUCCUCACGGUACACUUCCUCUACAUCUCCAUGGUCGACCAUCGACUGCACCCCCCACUCGCAACGCAUCUUUCUCUUCCAGACAGCCAGCCUCACCCAACCCUUUCGGAGGGCGUCCUGAUGAGGAGGAUUUGGCAGCAUCCUAUACGAUGCAGAGGUCCACCGAGGUCCCAUCAUUGCAGAUCAAAAUGCACAUGCGUUGGCAAACAACAUCUAUCCGUAUUGGGUUUAAAACUGCCGUGCUUAUCAAUCAACCUUGUUUCAUGUUCAUGGAGUUGCCUUUACAAGUCACGCUGACUGGCUUGGUCUUGGACGGCACGGUGCUGCUUGCCUUCGACGGAUCACAGGAGACUGUGAACAUCAGCCUUCUUGACUCCGACGAGCUUAACGGUAAUACUACGCUUCCCAAUGGCGCAGAAAAUCCCUCCUCUUUCUCCCGAAGCGCAGGCGCCUCUCCACAGCAGGCCAAUCCAUCGGUCGCAGCAUCAAAGACUUCCGGAUCCGCAGCGAUUAUUACAGCAAGCACGGGACGACCACAAGUCCAAGCGGGUACAACCGAUAAAAAUUUUGGCGCUCGAUUAUUGCCUUUCAUGACGUUCGAGAGCAGUGUUGGGGAGGAGGCGAAGCACGUGCUGCGGAAUGUAGGCAAGGUCGAGAAGUUUAUUGGAGAGCUUGUGCGCAAGGUCAUUGAGGAUGAACUUGCCUUUCCGAAUUAUUACACUGUGGAGUUGUGACGUUGCGUGCGCAAACAACUGUUUGAGGCCCAGGUUGCUUCGCCACGGCCGCCUGCCCAGGAAUCAGGCGAGGGACGGGAGCAAGUGUCAAAGUGGGAGCGCCCGUUCCAUACUUCUGCUUCCUUCGGCAGUCCUAUACCUUAUUAAAUUAUUAUGACACAUGCACGAUGCAAUACAACAUGA